AUGUCAUCACCAUCUUCUUCUUCAACACCUCAAUGGAAAUAUGAGGUGUUUCUUAGUUUUAGAGGCGUGGAUACCCGUAGAGGUUUUACUGACCAUCUAUAUGCCGCUUUGAAACGGAAAGGCAUUUUGACCUUUAGGGAUGAUGAAGAACUUGAGAGGGGAAAAUCUAUUUCACCAGAGUUGUUGAAAGCAAUAGAAGAAUCGAGGUUUGCUAUUAUUAUUUUCUCAAGAAAUUAUGCAUUUUCAACAUGGUGCUUGGAUGAACUUGCAAAGAUCGUUAGAUGCAUGAGAGAGACAAGAUUGAUGAUUUGUCCUAUUUUUUACGACGUGGAUCCAUCUAAUGUACGAAAACAAACAGGAACUUUUGGACAAGCCUUUGAUGAACACGAAAAACGUUUUAAAGAGAACAUAAAGAUGGUAGAAAUGUGGAGGGCUGCAUUGAGAGAAGUAGCCAAUCUCUCUGGUUGGCAUUUACAAGAUAGGCAUGAGUCCGAAUUUAUCCAACACAUCGUGAAAGAGAUGAUGGAGAAAUUGAGUUCUAAAUCCUCAAGCAUUACCAAAAACUUGGUAGGAAUAGAGUCUACCAUGGCAAAAUUGAUCCCUCUGUAUUUAGGUUUUGAGAAUAAUGUUUGCAUGAUAGGGAUUUAUGGUAUGGGGGGAUUGGGGAAGACAACUCUAGCUAGAGUUGUUUACGAUGAAUUUUGUGGUCAUUUUGAAGGUUCUAGCUUUAUUACUAAUGUUAGGGAAGAUUCAAAAAAACAUGGUUUGCCUCAAUUACAACAGCAGCUUCUUGUGGACAUUUUGGAGGACAAAAAUAUACAUAUAGGGAAUGUUUAUGAUGGAGUUGACAUAAUCAAGAAGAGGUUAUGUUGUAAAAAAGUUCUACUUGUUAUAGAUGAUGUUGACCAUUUGGACCAAUUAGAAAAAUUGGUUGGAGAGCAUGGCUGGUUUGGAUUGGGUAGUUGGAUCAUCAUAACAACUAGAGAUGAACAUGUGUUGAUCCAACAUGGAGUGCUUAAAAGAUAUAAUCCUAAUGGAUUAAAUAAUGGUGAUGCUUUAAAACUUUUUUGUUUGAAAGCCUUCAAAAAUGAGCAACCCAAAGAAGGUUAUAUGCAGCUCUCCCAGAAUGUUGUAGAAUAUGCUAAUGGCCUUCCAUUAGCUCUUGUUACUUUCGGUUCCUUUUUGGUUGGAAGAACAAUAUAUGAAUGGCAAAGUGCGUUGGAAAGUUUUAAAAAAACUAAAGGAGAAAUAUUUGAUAUACUGAAAAUAAGUUAUGAUGGAUUAGAGAAAGAGUGGAAGGAAAUAUUCUUAGAUAUUGCAUGUUUCUUUAGAGGAAUGAAUAAAGAUGAAGUAAUACAGAUAUUACAGAAUUGUGGUUUUGAUGCAAUAAUUGUUAUAAGUGUUCUUGUGGAAAGAUCUCUAUUAACCGUGGAUGACAACAGAUGUUUAGGGAUGCAUGAUCUAAUAACAGAAAUGGGUCAAAAAAUUAUUCGUUUUGAAUCAAGUGGAAAUCGAGGAAAGCAGAGUAGGUUGUGGUUUAUUGAGGAGUUGCUGCAUGUAUUGGAGAACAAUAUGGCAACAGAAGCAAUUCAAGCCAUAGUUGUCACAAACGAGGAAGAUGAUUUCAACUUUGAAGAGUUUUCUGAAGGGUUUUCAAAGAUGUCUAAUCUUAGAUUGCUGAUAAUUGAUAGCCUGAUUGUUCCUAAUGACCAAAGACAUCUUGCUCUUCCUAAUAACCUAAGAUAUCUUUCGUGGAGCCACUGUCCUUUUAAAUGUUUGACAUCCAAUGACAAACAAAAGGCGUUUGUUCAACUUGACUUGCAGGACAGCAAAUUUGAAUAUCUUUGGGAAGGAGUAAUGCGUUCAGUCAACUUAAAGUUCAUUGAUCUUAGUCAUUCCAAAAACCUUAUUAGGACACCUGACUUUUCAGGUGUUCCAAUACUUGAGGGACUAAACCUUUCUUGGUGCUCUCGAUUGGUUGAGGUCCACCCAUCUAUUGGUCAACUCAGCAAGCUUAGGUAUUUAAAUCUGCAACGCUGCGAAUCUCUUACCGAUCUUCCCAGCAUGUCCAAUGAAAUACAGUCCCUUACAGUUCUUGAUCUUGAUUAUUGCUACAAAUUCAGUUCAUUUCCAAAAUUUACUGGAAUUAUGAAAAGCCUAUCAGAACUUAAAUUAUGUUGGACUGCUAUUAAGAAAGUAGAACCCUCAUCAAUCAAGUGUUUGACUGCCCUUACUUUAUUAAAUCUAAGAUUCUGCAAAAAUCUCGAAUGUCUUCCAAGCAACAUGGAUAAUUUGAGGUCUCUUGAAACACUCGAUCUUUACGGAUGCUCAAAUCUAAAAUCUUUGCCAAGGCUUCCAUCAACUGUAAGAUUUAUGGAUGCUGAAGGUUGUUAUUCCCUAAAAUGGUCACCAGCACGAGUCAAACUGAGUAUCUGGUCACAAUCUCUCUCUCAGUGGCUUCCGUAUGAUGAGAGCAUCAUUCAAGUGGAAUUUAGAACAUUGUUCCAUUUCCUACAGGGACUCAUUUGUCAUAAAAUCGUUUGUGGAAAUUCUUCCCAAAGGGAAGAGGAUGGAUCUAGAACUGAAUUUCAGAUAAUUAUUCCAUCAUGUUUAGCUCAAAAAGUGGGGAAUUCAAUAAGCAUAGAGCUGCCUUCAAAUUGGUAUAAUAGUAAAUGGGUAGGAUUCACUCUCUUGGCUACACUAUCAGGAAUUAUAUGGUGCGAAUAUGACAUUAAAGCUCGUGUGAUAGCCAUUGGUGAUAUGCCUCAAAAUCACGGUGCCUCUGAACUUUUUACUACCUUGAUAUGUUGUUGUGGGGUCCUUAUUUGCCUAUUGAAUUUGUCUCGUGAUGAUUGGUUUGCUAAAGUUGGGAAUGGUGAAUGCAAUCAGAUUAAGGUUAUAUUUGAGACCGAUAAAAGAACUCUAUAUGUGAGGGAAUGUGGGGUCAGUUUGAUAUACGAGCAAGAUGUGGACAAGUUCAACCAAACAAGUGCACAAUGUUUGAUUGAGAGCAUCCGGGAUGUAAUUAUCGUUGCUAAUGAUGAUGAUGAGGAUGAUGAUGAUGAUGAUGAACUUUAA